AGAAGUGAAAACAAGACUGUCAGAGAGAGAGGUAGAAGGUGGAAGACGUGGAUAGCAAAGGAGUUGAAGAGAAUCUCAAUCUGUUCCUUUUAAAAUGGCGUUCAUUCCUCAAACAGCUGGGGUCCUUUUUAAAACUAUGAGGGUCCUGAUACCGGGUAGAAGGAGGGGGAGAAACAGCACAGAGGAUGAUUUUGAACUCUCCACUGUGUGCUAUCGGCCAGAGGGACUUGACAAGCUUCAGGAGCAAACCAAGUUCACCAAGAAAGAGCUGCAGGUCCUCUACCGGGGAUUCAAGAAUGAGUGUCCCAGCGGUGUUGUCAAUGAGGAGACCUUCAAGCUGAUUUAUUCCCAGUUCUUCCCCCAAGGAGGUGAGUGUCAGCUGCUCUUUUUCAUCCUUGUCUGUACUGAGUUUACAGCUCAUCCUCUCUUAAGGUAAGUACACGGAACAAAAAUAUAAAUGC